UUUAGUGACCGUUUGGUUGAGUGAAUUCUUCCUCCACUUUCCAACUUGCUAAAACGCAGUUUUGGAAGCUCGUAGAUACUUCCGUUAAUGGCUCUUUACAAACAUCUGUGCCUUUCUCCUAGCACCUCCUUCAACUUGUCUUUCUCUUCCGGUCCCAAAAAAUCUCAUCUGAAACGCAUAUCACAUCAAAACCUCAUUUACGCUUUCUCGGCGGAGAAACCUAGAAAGAAGAAGGGAAGGCCAUCAAGGGCUGCGUUGAGUGACGAGGAUCUUUGUAAGGAGCUGCGGGAGGUUAUGCUUGUGGCGGGCCUUCCAGCGGAUCGCGUUCCGCUGAUGAAAGAGCUCUGCGAGCAUGGAAGAUUUUGGGAGAAAUGGAAAAAAGUCUUGGGGGGUAUAGUGCGCUUGAUGAAAAGCAAAGGAGGAUUUCCGAGAGAUUGGAAGGAAAUGGUUGGAUAA